AUGGAUUUGACUGAUUUGAAUGUGGAAUUAUUGCUGAAAAUUGUUAGAAGUUAUCAACUUAAACAAGACGAUCCUUCCUCUUUGAGGGAAAUCAUUCAACAAGUUCAGAUCGAAAUAAAUAAGAAAGAUCCAAAGAGUUUCGGGUCUCGUACGAAAUUCAUGAUUGAAACAAUUAUGAAUUUAAAAAAUAAUCGCCUAAAACAGCAAUCUUUAGCUACGAAUACAGAAUGCUUAUUAAGAAUGAAGAAAUUCCUCACAAAUUUAGGAAAGAGGAUUCACGUUCAAGCAACUGAAGCUUUGAGAGUUAGUCUUGAAGAUAUUCGAUCAAUUGAUACUAAAGGCAAAUGGUGGCUUGGUUCGUCAUGGACUGCAAAUACGAUUGAUAACCAAUCCACAUUAUUUACCCGACAUCCGGAAAAUAGCUCUGUUUCUGAGGUUCUUUUAAAUUUAGCUAAACAACAAAAAAUGAAUACUGAUGUUCGAAGAAGCAUUUUUAUAGUUUUAAUGAGUAGUGAGGAUUAUAUUGAUGCAUUUGAGAGACUGUUGAAACUUGGUUUAAAGGAAGUCCAAGCGCGGGAGAUUCCUCGAGAAAACAUUUAUAAUCCAUAUUACUCUCUAAUUGCACAACGUCUCUGCGAUUAUGACCACAGUUUUAAAGUAACUUUUAAAUACUGUCUGUGGGACUUUCUCAGAGAAUGUGGUGAAAGUGAUGUGGGUGGAAUAAUGAUGAAGAGCAUGCCAUCAGAAGACCAAUCUGAAAAAAUUUCACUAAGGAGGAUUGUUAAUUUGGCAAAGCUUUUUGCAUGGUUAAUUGUGAAUGGAGGAUU